AUGGCUGGGCUGGUGGGGCACGGUGGGGGGAAGGGGAGUGAGAGGGAUGGUGAAGGGCAAGGAUGGCAGGGGCAGGCGAGAGAGGGAGGCGAGGGUGGAGGCGCGCGGGUGGAUGAGGAGGUGACACGCGUGAUUCGGGCCCAGGGGAACGCUGCUCGCGCUCACGCUCAUGACAGUGCUGCUGGCAGUGCUGUUGGCGGUGGUGAUGUUGAUGCUGUGAUGCUGAAAGGGUUUCGUGCGGAAGGUAACCGUGGAAACGUGCAGGAUGAGAGGGAGAUAGACCGGGUAGAAAAAAAGGAGAGGGGUGGUGGGGAAGAGAUUGAAAGGGAGGAAAAGGAAGGGGAGAAAAGAGAUGAUGAGGAGAGGGAAGGGGAGGAGAGUGAUGGGGAGGAGAGUGAUGGGGAGGAGAGGGAAGGAGAGGAGAGUGAUGGGGAAGAACGAGAAUUGGAGGAGAUUGAAAGAGAAAUGAGAGAAGGGGAGGAGAGUAAAAGAGAGAGAGAAUGGGAGGUAAGGGGAGAAGAGGAGAGAGGUGGGGAAGCAAAAGAGGAGGGCGAAAGGGAUGAGAGUGAAGGGUCGGGGAGGCUAAGAAUGAGGAGCAAAGAGAAGGGGAGAGAUGAAGAUGAAAGGGGGGAAACAGUGAGUGAGGAGAAGCGGAGUGAAGGAUGGGAUGCGGAGGAGAGAGUAGAGAAGGGGAGGAAAGGGAAGGUGAAUGAAGAGAAGAGGAGGGAAAAAGGGGAGAGAGAAUCAAAGAGGAGGGAAGGGAAGGACAAGGAAGGAGAGGAGAGACAUGGGAACAAGACAGAUGGAAAGGAGAGAGAUUGGAAGGAGAAGGAUCGAAAGAGGGAACGGAAGGGGAGAGAAGGAAAGCGGAUAGAAGGGACUCGAGAAGUGAAGGAGAGGGAAGGGAAAAGGAGAGAUGGGAAGAACAUGGAAGGGCGGGAGAGAGAAUGGAAGAAGAGAGAAAGUAGAGAGGGAGAAAGUAGAGAGGGAGAAGAGAAGAAGAGGGAAGGGAAGGAGAGAUACGGAGAGAAGUGGAAAUAUAAGGAGAGAGAUAUGAAGAGGAGUGGAGGGAAGGAGAAAGAAGAAAAAGAGUGUUAUUUUAAGGAGAACGAAGAGAAGGAAAGGGAUGGAAAGAGGAGAGAAGUGUUCGGGAGGGAAGGGAAAGAGAGAGAUUGGAAGGAACGAGAUGGAAAGAGACAGAAAGGGAAGGAGAGAGAAGGGAAGGAGAGAUAUUGGAAGGAACGGGAUGGAAAGAGACUGAAAGGGAAGGAGAGAGAAGGGAAGGAGAGCAGAGGGAAGGAGAGCGGAGGGAAGGAGAGCGGAGGGACGGAGAGCGGAGGGAAGGAGAGCGGAGGGAAGGAGAGCGGAGGGAAGGAGAGCGGAGGGAAGGAGAGCGGAGGGAAGAAGAACGAAAGGAAGGAGGAGAGAGGAGGAGGUAGACAGAUUGUUAAGGUCCAAGAAGACCAUGUGGUGGUGGGCGAGGAGGGAGGAGAGAGUGCAGAGAAGUCGGGUGUGUUGGCGUGGGGAGGAGGUGACGUGGUGAGCAGUGCAGGCGUGGGGUGCAAGGAACUAGUGGGCGCUCGUGAGAGCAAGGCGGAGCAGGGGGGCAGAGAGGAGGUGGGGAGGCCAGGUGAGUGUCCAUGGCAGAGGCAGGGGGGUUCUGUGAGGAGUGCAUGGGUGGGUGGCACGGAGGAGGAGGAGGAUGCCCGUGGCGAGGGGGGUGAUUGGCGCGUGAAGGAGGAGGCGGCGUGUGCCACAGGCACGGGUGAUUGGGAGGGUGAGAUUGGCGGCCGGAGCAAGCAGGGCGAGAGUGAGAAGAAGGGCGAGAGCGAGAAGAAGGGUGAGAGUGAGAAGGAGGGCGAGAGUGAGAAGGAGGGUGAGAUUGAGAGGAAGAGUGAGGAUGAAAAGGAGGGUGAGAGUGAGAAGGGCGAAAGUGCGAAGAAGGGCGAGUAUGAGAAGAAGGGUGAGAGUGAGAAGGGCGAGAGUGAGGCUUGUUUGGAAGAGGCUGGGGUGAUAGGGGAGGUGGUGGAGGAGGUGGUGGAGGAGGUGGUGGAGGAGAUGGAAAUGGAUGCAGGGGGGAAGACAUGUGAGUUGACUUGCGUGCUGCUGGGUCGCACCGAGCCACCCUUUGCUGCUGCUGCUGCAUCCCUUGGUGGAGGCAAGGAAGAUUCAAAAGAAGAAGAGGCAGUGGGCGGUGCGAUGCUGGCAGGUGGUGGGGCGAAGGCAGCGGAGGAAGAGAGAGGGCAAUCAGUGGAUGCAGAGGAGAAGCGGGUGGAGGGUGGUGAUGUGGAGGAGGGGCGAGGGGAUAAGGGGAGGGAGCAGGUCAGCAUCAAGCAGGAGGGCAGCGAUGAGGGGAGAAGAGCGCGGCGGGAGGAAGAGAGGGGAGAAGGGAGGGCAACGAGUGCGCGCUUGGUGGAGGGCGAGGUGGAGGAGGGAGAACAGGAGGAGGGAGAACGGGAGGAGGGAGAACGGGAGGAGGAAGCGGUGGGAGGUGCGAAGGUAGGAGGUGGGGGGAAGGAGCAGCAGGAGGUGGGGGUGGAGGAGCGGCAGCAGCGGUCAGUGUCGCCGGGCACGCGGGCGCUGAUGUGCGACGAGCAGGACGACCACGGCGACACGCUCUUCGCCGCCACCUCCUCGCCUCUCGCCCGCUCCAGCGCACUCGCCAGCAGCGAUUCCGAUGCUGACCUGGACGAUGAGGUGGCGAGGGGUGAUGUGGCGGACGAGGAGGCAGAGCAAGGUGGAGGGGAAUGGGGCGCUUGGUGGGAUGGCAGGCAAGUGAGUCGCAAGCGCAGUGCAGAGCUGAUGGAGGGGGGAGGCGCGGGGGAGGGGCAGCGCGGCAUGGGGGCGCACAGCAGCAGCCCCUCCAUCGCUCUGCCCCGCACCACCAGCACUGCCCUUGCCGCCCGCCUGCCGCCCUCUGGGUUCUCGCCCUCGCCUGGCAAGGCCCGGAGGAGAAGCCUGGGAGGGCAUGGGGUGGGGGGUGUUGGAGGAGCGAGGGGAAGGGAGGAGCAGGUGGAUGGGAGGAGGAGCGUGAGUGCUGGUCAUGCUGCCCAUGCUGCUGCCGCUCACGCUGCUGCAGGUGCUGCAGCAGCAGAGGUGGGUGUGAUGGAUGAUCCACGAGUUGCCAUCCGCCUUGCUGCUGUGCGGUCGGCACGGGCCACAGCAAUGGGCCAGGGAAGGGGGUCGUUGGCAACAGGAGGGGCGAGGGGAGGGGAGGCGUGGGAUGGGAGGCGGGCGGUGCAAGAAAGGGCGGUGCAAGAAAGGGCUGUGCUGGAGUUGCUGGAGGACCACCUUUUGCAGAUCGCCGCCCACAUUGGCGCCCCCGCCUGCUAG